CCUCUAGUCCUCUCUCCUUUCCCAACGCGACUGCUUUGCCAGCCAUUGGGGAAUCCGCGACCCUGGUAGUGGUAGUUGGGGACGGAGACCGGCAAGAUUCGCCGCGGAGUGUUCGAGAAUCGGAAGCUUCGACUUCGAGUAGCCGACCAGUCGGUGGAGAACCAGUGGAUCUUGAGGACGCGUGCCGUCCUCCCUGACGGUCAAUCUUGCAGUGCCGCCUCGGCCUCGGUGGACUCGCGUAAGCACGGCGGCGCGAAGACGGCCGUGGAAUUCAGGUGCUUUCCCUGCUUUCAACGCCCGCUGGCUUCGUCUGACCGGGGAACAUCGCUUCGCAAGCACACCCGGCCCCAACGCACCUCGCCGCCCAGGAUUGACCUUCUCGUCACCACAUCCGGUGCGCUUACCUUGGCCACACGCGCGCAGGGACCAUUUCAUCGCGUUGCUUUCGAGUGACGUCAGGUUCAAUCGAGCGUGCGGCCCUGCGGGUCCUGAUCAGUCUAGCAGCUUUCCGUCUGAUUAAUUCGAGGGGACUCCUUGCUCUUGUCUAACUCCUCCAUCCGAUCCAGAGAUGCUGUAAUUUUCCCUCAAAAAAAAACAGAUGCUGUAAUUUCUAUAAUAAACUGCUUCGAGUGGAUCAUCCUAUGCCCUUGCACAAGCCUCAGUGACUUCAUAAAUGGCUCGGACCAAUGAAGAUGGUAUAGAAGAUGUGCCAUGUUCAGAUCCAGGUUCACCGAUUCUGGCUGAAUAUCAUAUCACAGUUCCUGCUCUUCAUGAUGGACCAAUGCAAGGUACAGCCCGUCAUGAGCGACGGCUUCUUGAUUUCCUGAAAGCCACUCCCUCGGUGCAGUGGCUAAAGAAGAUCAAUCUUUGUUCCCCAUUGAUAAAAUUUCGGCUUCCAUCCGCUAGCGUCCAUGGCAGUCUUCAUGUUCAGUUCAUCAGAACAAUCGACUGGAGUUCAGUUUUCACUGUAUGCAAGAAAUGGCUCAAGCAUCCUAUGCACAUUGCCCUCCUAAUAUGGCUGCUCUGUGUUGGUGCCGCUGGUGGCAUGUUAGUCUUACUAAUGUUGGGACUGCUGAACGAUGCAUUCCCUUCCAAGCCCUUGAGAAACUAUUGGAUAGAGAUUGACAAUCAAAUACUUAACGCCCUCUUCACCCUCAUGAGCUUAUACGAGCACCCAAAUAUCAUCCACCAUACUGUUCUCCUCUGCCGGUGGCUGCCAGAGGACGCUGCUAAGCUCAGGAAAGUUUACUGCAAGAAUGGGAUGAGCCGUCCAAAUGAGCGAGCACACAUAUCCUUUGUGGUUGCCCUCCUCCACAUCACUUGCCUAUGCCAGUAUGCUGAUUGUGGCCUGUACUGGGGCUACCCCAGCAGAUCACGCUCGGAUUUUGCUGACAACUUCUUCUUCAUCCUAGGCAUCGCUGCACCAGUCUUUGCUGGAGUAUACACAGUGUACAGUCCUCUUGGCAGAGGCAAUGAUGCUCUGUCUGAUGAAGGAACCAAUGAAUCAGACAUGGUUCAAGUCGAGUCACCUGAAACAGGAACUGUGGUGAGCAAUCCCGCAUGGGCUGGUGGGCUGUUUGACUGCAGCGAGGACCCUACUGCAUGCUACCUCUCUUUCCUCUGCACGUUCUGUGUGUUCGGAUGGAACAUGGAGCGGCUUGGGUUUGGCAACAUGUAUGUGCACACAGUCAUUUUCCUGCUGCUGUGUGUUGCGCCAUUCUGGGUGUUCAAUAUCACAGCAAUGCAAAUCCACAACUACGUCCUUGGUGAUUUCAUUGGUUCUGCAGGGAUUGUGCUGUGUUUCUUUGGUCUGCUGUACGGUGGUUUCUGGAGGAUCCAGAUGAGGAAGACAUUUGGGCUGCCCAGAAGCCGGUGGUGCUUUGGAUCAGCAUCACUAACAGACUACACGCAGUGGUUAUUCUGCUGGCCAUGUGUGCUUGCACAGGAGGUGCGCACGGGGAACCUAUAUGAUGCGAAGAACGGCAGCUUCUAUGAGAAACUUAUGGACGGUGAUGAUGUGGAGAAUGGGCCAGGAUCAGUGGUUACGGCUGAAUUGCCGGUCUCUAAUGGAGUAGCAGAGGGGAAUGGUAUCAAUGUCAAACUCACGGUGGAUGGUGAAAUGAUCCCACCCACCCAACCAGUAAUAGAAUUUGGGGGGACGGGAGGAAUUGAUUCAGGAUUCGUGGCAAAUGGUAGCAUCCAGCUCAAAAGCUAACCCACAAGUAGCCAAGUCCUAUUUAGAAGUAGCCAAGUCGUUCUCCUGUUUUAGUUGGCAUCGCUUUUUGUAAAUUCCUGUUCAGUUGGUUAGUAAUUCAGCUGUUUUAUAUUAAAAGGAAAAUGUAAUGAAUAGGCAAUAAUGUCAGAGAUAUUCAAACUGACAUUUUAGAUGUACGGGUUAACAGAAAAAAUAUGCAAUUCAUUACAUCGAUCCAUUUGAGCAAUUAUGCAAGUCAGCUAAUGUAAUCAGUAACUUUAGAAGCCAUUGGUUGGAGACAGUUCAAAAGGAGAUUCUUAUCUACCAUAUUCCUGUAGUGGCCUUUGGCUGUUUGCAGUGGUCCUUUUCGAGUGUGAAGUCUCUGACCUCAUGAACUAUUGCAAAGUGCAUGCUUUAUUUUGCACGGUGGAGAACAAAAGUUGCAAUUGCUUGCAGAAAAGAGGAAGGUACGGCGGCAGCUAUAUAAGCUCCAGGAUGCAGAGAGCCAGGCAUCUCUACUUGAAGGCUGUUUGAGUUUUGUACAGUAGUUUCCUACUCAGCUACUCUCCCGGCUCUACUCUCCAGGAACCAUGGCUGUUGUGGAGUUGAAGGUUGGGAUGCACUGUGAAAGGUGCAUCAAGGCCAUUAAGAAGGCAAUCAAAACGAUUGACGAUAUGGAGAGCUAUCACCUUGAGACGGAGAUAAACAAGGUCACGGUGACAGGGAACGUUACCCCAGAGGAAGUCGUCAAGGCUCUCCACAAGAUUGGGAAGACCGCAACCUGCUGGGCCGAAGACUGAGGGCCUUGUUGAUUCAGACCCUGAGAUUUUUGGUUGGCUGUGUUUGGAUGGAGCUGCCUGGGCAGACAACUUUUCCAGGGCUCCAACUAAACAUGCCCUGAUGGUUCUCAACCUUGUUCUGACGAUCAUCGAUCAGUUAGCUAGCUAGCUACUAAUUACUCUAUUUACUAGUCAGUAACGGAGUAGAUUUCUAUCUCCUUAAUCUCCAUGGAUCCUAGGGGCCUUAUGCACUUCAGAUGUAUAGGAAUAAAUAACCACAGACAGAUGCUAUGCUGUGACCAUGUGAGGCAACCGCUGCUGUUAUUCACUGUUGGUUCGAUGUCACUCGUAAUCUCGUAUGAUCAUAAUAUACAGAGACACAAAGUCUUGUGUUUACCGGCUCAA